AUGUCGGAGGAAAAGCAGUAUAACUUCAUUGCAAUUACGGAGGAUAUAAUGCUACCCGUCGACGAAAUCGCUCGGCUCAAACAGGAGCUCGAGUCGCUCAAGAACGCGAAUCCUUUUCGCAUGGCCGAACUGGCCCUCGAGAUCCAGAUCGAGAGAUUGCGCGUCGUCGAGAUAACUGCGGCGCGCGAUGCGGCCCUGCAACGGCUCUCCGACAGCUAUGUUUCCAUCCGCCAAAAGAAUGAGCUGAUUGAGCGGAUGUUCCAGGAACGCGACGGAAAAGAUAUAGGAAGCGUUCCUCUCUCGCUCAACUUCGGGUUCAGUACGGACCAAGUAGAAGCCGAGCAGUUGAAGGCGCAUAUAUCCACUUUGGAGACGGAAAACGGCGAGUUGCGGUUGGCGAUCCAGCAACUUCAAGAACAGGCGCUCAUCGCCAAGGCCAUCGACCCCCCACCGUCAUACGAGAGGGAGCCGACCAAGUCUAUGCUAGUUGACGCUGGGAUUCAAACCGAAGAAGAUUCUGCCGGCGUCCUCGUGUAUAGCGAAGACGGUGCAGAGGUCAAUUAUGUACCACCGAAGACAGAAGACCCAGCGAUUCUCGCAAAUGCCAGAAACACUGUGUUGGCGGAUAUCCCACUUCCGAACAAUCCUCCAGACGAUACCUUAAAUGCGAUCGUGAUUCCUCCUCCGUUUACUCUUCACGAAUUCCUGAAUGGAGCGCCGGGAUCUUUGAGGACACUGCUUUCGAACUACAGGAUCUUGCACAACGCAACUACAUAUUGGUGUCCUGACAGAGAAGAGCACGGCUACAUGUAUGCGCCUGUAUUCAAAUGCAGUACCAACCCUAGGAUAUCAACUGCCCAUCGUUGGUCUCCAGUCGACGUAGUUGGGAGGAUGAACAAACCGACAGAGUGUUUCUACAACAGAGAAGGGCUGUGGUAUUAUGCUGGCUCGUAUGUGGCGUUCAAAAUGGACGAGCUCUCCCCGAAAGAAUGGGCUCAGCUAUCAGGCGAGACGAGUUCCGCGAUAGUCAAAGAAACGAUCGCAGGACGCAAGAACACAUCACCUCAGAACACCUAUGAAGCAACUCAAUUAUAUGUCGCUGGGGCUCUCAAAGUCGCCUGCGUCGCUUUGAGAUGCGUGGGGUUCAACCACGAGGUGUAUCGCUCCCUCCUCGAAUACUCGAUCAGGUUCGGCGAGAGCAAGUGGAAGUCGCUGGCAACGGCGAGUGCGAACGUCCUGGCGGCUGCCGCUAGCGUCUCUAGUGUUUCUGGAUCUCCAUCCGGCGCCAAUAGUCCAGCUUCUGGCGCGAGUACCCCACAUAGCCAGCCGAGUGGUACGCCGACCCCGCCGGCACGGAUGCAGAUGCAGACGCCCGCUCCUCUGCGCCACAUUCCACGUACCCCGACUCAUCCAACGCACCUCAGCUCUGCGGCCUCAGGGAGCCCAUCAACUACCCUGGGCCAUAGUCAGGGCUACGGCGUUAAUCCUGUGAGGUUGGUCGGGACCCCACCUGUGUUGGGGCUGGGGCUGGGCUCAUCGGCGUGGAAUGUCCACUCCGCUGCUGCCAUGAUGAUGACACCACCGGCCAGCACAGAUGGUAAGGCAACCUUGAGAGUGCUGCAGGAGAAACACUUGCCUGAGGGCGGAGAAAACCUAGCGGACAUGGGUAAAAACUGA